CGUCUGUCUAUCUUUUGGCAAAGGAGGAGGCGCGCUGAGAGUAGUCUUGUUGGAGCUGCCGGUGGCUUUUCUGCGCCAUGAUAGAAUAUAUCACCCAUGAGAGGCUUUGUAGGUGAAGACUCCAUCCGGCCUAGAGACUAGAGAGAGAGAUAGCGAGAACCAAAAGGAGAAAAGAAGCAAAUUAAAGCCACCCCCAACCCCAAGCAAGCAAAGAAGCAAAAGACACACACACAGAGCUAGAGAACUUGUCCCGACGGAAGUUAGCUAUAGCUACUAGGUAGCCGCAACUUCACAAGGCCUUAAUUAGUACAAGCAAUUUAAGGUCCGGGGCGGCGUUCCGGGGCGGGGGCGGACGAACCCUAUUCCUUGUUCUUCUUGAAUCUCCCCGUCUAUCCGGCCAAUUAACCCCCUAUUCCCUAGCUACAGCACGCGUCCGCGAGAUCGAUUCGGGAGAUCUAGAGAAUAGAAUUGCUACGUGGUAGUAUAGUUAAGAUAUGUUCUCUUCGAAGAAGGGCGGCGGGAGUAGCGGCGGCGGCGGGGCGGCGGUGCAAGUGCAGGGGUCGAAUAAUUCGAGCGUGGCUGCAGCAGCAGGGAUGUGCGUGCAGGGGGAUUCGGGGCUCGUGCUGACAACGGACCCCAAGCCCAGGCUCCGGUGGACCGUCGAGCUCCACGAGCGCUUCGUCGACGCCGUCGCGCAGCUCGGCGGCCCAGACAAGGCGACCCCGAAGACGAUCAUGAGGGUCAUGGGGGUCAAGGGGCUCACUCUCUACCACCUCAAGAGCCACCUCCAGAAAUUCAGGUUAGGGAAGCAGCCACACAAGGACUUCAACGACCAUGCAGUUAAGGAUGCCGCAGCAGCAAUGGAGAUGCAUCGAAACGCGGCCUCGUCCUCGGGCAUGAUGGGGAGAAACAUGAAUGACCGCAACGUGCACAUGAACGAGGCCAUCAGAAUGCAGAUGGAGGUCCAAAGAAGGCUGCAUGAGCAACUAGAGGUGCAGAAGCACCUCCAGAUGAGGAUCGAAGCCCAGGGGAAGUACAUGCAGUCCAUCCUGGAGAAAGCAUACCAGAGCCUGGGCUCCGGUGAGCCCGCCGCCGGGUACAAAUCCCUAGGCGGCGUCCUGGACGUGUGCUCCAUCAAGGACAUUGGCGCUGCGUCCAUGGGCUUCCCUUCCCUGCAGGACCUGCACCUCUACGGCGACCUGCAGCAGAAUCAGCCAAUAGAGAGCUUCUUCGCGUGCAGCGAUGGCGGCAUUGGGCCGCCGCUGGGGAAGAUGAAGAGAUCGUCCGCCGGACAUUACACUGCCGGCGGCAAGAGCCCCAUGAUGUGGGGCAGCGACGACGAUGGUGAUCAGGACAAGGAUGAUCAGUUGCUCCAGAUGGCGCCGCCGAUGAUGAUGGGCGAAGACAUGGUGGACUCCAUCGCUGCCGGAGUGCACGAGGCGGCGAAACCGAUGAUGAGUCAUGCCAUGUCAGGCGGCGGCGAAUCGAAGCUCGAGAGGCCGUCGCCACGGCGGCCGCACUUGGGGGGAGGCCAGAGGAUGGGCAGCCCAUCGGUGAUCUACGGGUAAUAAAAUCAAGUUAAGAAACUAAUUAUAACUACGGUUUCUGUUUAGUUGGGGCAUGUGCAUGGCUAAAUAAGUAUAGCUUGAGUGCAUGGAGUUGAUGAGGCAUUAUAUUAUAGCAGAAAUUAUGCGUCACUGAUCGAUCGAUCAGCUGGAUGAUCUUAUAUUGCAUAUAUAGUGGUGCAUCUCUGGUGAUGCACGCUCAAGGGUCUAACUAGUUAAGAUUAUCUUUCUUGAGGAUGUGAAUUCUCUUUAAUUGUAUGUACGUGUUCUUGAUCAAAAUGGGGUGUAAAUUAAAUGUGUUACCGGAUUAAUUUGGUAAUCUUGCAUUCUGAGGAGACAAGCUUUCGGUGAUCCUGAGGCAUGCAUGCGUAUCGGUGCUACUGGAACUCCCUGGUACUUGUAUUAGUUGUAAGUGACCAUGUGGCAAACAUGGUGAGCUAUUUUCAAACACAAUGUAUUAGUUGUAAGUGAAGUGUGUUGUAGGAGUUUGAUUAACUUUUAUUGGUUUACUCUGGACACAUGUGUACAUUUCUGAAUUCUAGAUAAAUAAUGGUGCAAAGGUGA